CUGAACUGCCGAACCGGAAGAAGAAGAAGAAGAACCGGAAGCUCGCUCCAGCGUCUUUAUCGUCAACAACCAUCAUGGCGGAGCCGACGGUCCGUGUGUCUGGGAUUGUUUUAUCCUCUUUAAUGUUCCAGCAUGUUAACAGGGAUUCAGACGUGGAGGGUCUGAUCCUCGGAGAGAGCAGGAUCGAGGAGCAGGUCACCAUCAGCGACUCUCAGGCUGAUCACAUUCACAUCGAGGAGGUUUACAAUAUCCAGAAGCACAUCGCCUGCCACAAACUGAACGACUUCUACGACAACAUGGGAGAUGUGAAUGUGGACGCUGUGAAGAAAAUCCUGGCAGAAAAUAAGCAGGAGAACCUGAUUGGUUGGUACCGUCAGCGCAGGAACACAGACCAACAGAUGACAUUCAGGGAGAAGGUCGUCCAUGAGAAGCUGAAAAGCGCUCUGUCCAACCCUCACAUGAUCUUUGUGCUGCUGACACCCAGCAAGGUAACAGCUGCAGGUUCAACACACAGGAUGGAGUACGCUGCCUUCAUCUCCCGCAGCAGGUGCUUCAUGAAUGUCCCAGUGCUGGUCAAUAAUCUGGGUUUACUGGAGCAGCUGGCAUACUGGAAGGUGUCGGCUCCGUUCUCUGCAGCAGGUUAUAACCACACCAUGAAGAAACACAGUGCCAAGUUCUUCUCGUCCAACGGGCAGCUGAGAGACGUCAACGAAGUGAAUAAAAUGAACGAGUCGCUGCAGUCGGAGCUGCAGAAAGCAUGCAGAGAUGUGGAGGAGAGUGAACGCCUGGUUGAAAAGCUGCAGGCGGAUGUUUCAGCUCUGAGGAGACGACUAAGAGAGAAGAAGAAGAGCAGCGCAGGAAAAGCUUCAGAUUCAGACGAUUCACCCGAGCAGAGGAACCUGCUGCUCCACGAGGCCGUCAGAGCUCUGUUCGCCUGCUCACCUUUGUUCCACACUCAGACGUUAACCCUCGAGGCGUUUCCCGUCCCUGCCGUGUGCUGCAGUGCCGAGCCUGAACAAGAAGAGUCCAUCAUGGACGCUCAGGAAUCGGUGUCCCUGCUGUGUCCCAGCAGAACGACCUGUAGGAAAAGGCCGAGAGAGACGCAGCCGCUGAGGGAGAGGAAACGCACCAAGAGCAACUCGUGAUGUGAAAAUAAGUUUCUGCUUUGUUUUCAUGGAACUGCGUCUGGAUUUUAAUCUCCACUUUAACAUGAAGCUGAUUUUAAUGUCACGAUGGUGAGAAAGUCACAAAGUUAACCACAUGAAGAUGAACGGUCAUCUGAUUGAUUCAGAGAAUUGUUUCAAGAUGUUCUUUUUGUUAAAACUCUACUUUCUUUUAUUUAACUAUGGAAAACACUUUCUAUCGUGUGGAAACAAGUAACGACUCUACAGACACGCUCACAGCUGUGAGGCUGUCGGCUAAAUGCUAACAUGUUGACGUUCACCAUCUCCGUUUGGCUUUUCUAAUUAGCAGUGAACACAAAGUAGGUCUGUGAGCACAUAAUUUACGCGUUUAAUCAGAUAAUAAAGGUAGUUUGAUUAAGCAAAUUUUAGUUUUUUAAUAUUUCCCUCCAUAAUAAUCAUCUGACAAUGUGACAGAGCGUCUGAAUGAUGUGACUACACAAACCUGUCAGAACUAACUGAUGUUGAAUUCAUGUCGAAGGGAGGAAACACAACCACUGACUGACCUCCCACGUCAAACAUUCGGGUUACGUACGUACAGAUAGUCUGUCCCUCCCUCAAAGCUGUCCAAGCACACUGAACCCAAAGUUUAGAUUCUCUUUAGAUGUUUCAAAGAGCCUCUUUGCACUUUGCUCCCUUAUUUUAUUCUGUUCUUGUGGUUGUGUACAAGAUGUCAACCGUUAUUAUAAUGUACAUAUAAUGAACGUCUUUUAAGUGUUCUAGUGUUAUUGAAGCACAAUAUUAGGUUCUGGUCCCUUUUUUCACUUAGUUGACUGAGAAAAUUAAACUUGUUUCAUGGUUUCUUUUCUUUCUUUCUAUGUUAAUUGAUUUUGCAUAUUAGAAUUGGAUGUAAUAUGGCCUGUGUGUGUGUGUGUGUGUGUGUGUGCGCGCGCAUGUGUGGAGACGUGCAGUCCCUCCAAAUAAAGUCUAAACAAUUAGACCGAAA